AAGUGUUCAGCAGAGUACAGGACAGAGUCUUUCAGACCCAUCAGCUGAGCCUCAACCAACCAUUAACACAUAUCCUGCCCAGAGAACGUUAGCACCUGAACACAUUGGUCUAACAGGAACACAGUUAAAGACAGCUGAUUACAGAGUAGCUGAUAAUCCUCACUAUGCUGAUGUUUAUCAUAUGGCUGCAGCAGGUCGUAAUGAUGUCUAUAGUUCCUACCCACAAACUAUUAAAUACCCAUCUCAUUCUGUACCUACUACUAUUGGUAUGUCACAAUCUGGUUCCUCAACAUCUAUGGGCAUGAGGAGAAGCCCUGGACAAGGUGGUGGAUGGAAUCCUCAAGGACCUUAUGCUAGGAGUGAGGGAACCACUGACUAUACUGGUACUGCUAGUGGUAAUUAUAAUCAAAUUAGUCCAAAUACUAGUUCACCAGGCAAUCCUAAUUUAUGGCCACAAUGGCAAGGCGCUCAGUCUUCCGAUAAUAAUCAACAGAAUCCUCAAGCCACAGCACCACAGAGUCAAACUAACCCAGAAGAAUUUGGUGAUAUGUUCCGAAUGUUAGAUCAACCAGCCACAGAGUUUACUGACUUAUCUGGCAUGUUUAAUACAUUUACUGAAUAA